GUUUUAAACAAAGCUGACGAAGUUGACUUAGAGGCCAGUAGUUCUAAAGUUGUCAAUAAAUUAGAUAGGGCAAUAGUACAGGUACGGGAAUACUUAAAAGAAACUUUUGAAGAUAUUAAGCUAGACAAUGUUUCAACUUUUGAGAUUAGAGUCCAGAAAUUAGAAUUUUAUUGGACAAAAAUAGUAGGUCUUAAACAAGUCGACCAAGAGUUGAACGAGUUAGAGUUCGACAUCUCGUCAAUAACCAACACAAUGAAAAAAAAAAUCGAACAAAUUGUGCCCGGAAAGGUUAACGUUGGAAAUCAUAAAAUUGAUGCUUUGCCAACGUUACCUAAAAUUCAGGUACCCACGUUCUAUGGAGAUUCCAAAGACUGGGACCUGUUUUAUGAGUUGUUUAAUGAACUCAUUCAUUUAAGAGAGGAUCUAAGUCCUUCUUUUAAGUUCAGUUACCUUAAGAUCUCACUUAAGGGAGAAGCCAGAAAUGUGGUUUCUCACUUAUUGUUGGGAUCUGGGGAAAAUUAUGAGGCCGCUUGGGAGUUAUUAACCAAGCGGUACGAAAAUAAAAGGAAAAUUUUUUCCGAUCAAUUAAACCGCCUUCUGGAUCUUCAAAUCGUAAAUGUUGAUUCAGUUAGGCAACUAAAAAUAUUUAUUGACACGAUUAACGAGUCAAUACAUAUGAUAAAAUUGAAGGCACAACUUUCUGAUGAAGUGGAUAUUAUGUUUGCACACAUAAUAAUUAGGAAGUUUAACAAAGAAGCUCUUCAACUAUAUGAGAGCCAUGUUAAAAAAACUAAAGAGAUUCAAGCGUUAUCGGACGUCAUUGAAUUUUUAGAGCAACGGCUAAGUUCGAUAAGCUCAGUUCAGGAUGAAAAGCCUGUAAAAAAAAUAUAUAGUAGCAAUAUAAGAGAAUUAGCUACUAAUAAUUGUCCCAUAUGUAAAAUUUCGGGACAUUUUAUAUUCCAGUGUCAGAAAUUUAAGGUUUUAAAUCCAUCAGAAAGGAUGGAAAAAGUAAAAAAUGCUCAUUUGUGUUUCAAAUGUCUGAAACACUCAUUUAAUAAAAAAUGUCAAAGCGACAUUUCAUGUUCUAUUUGCAAGAAAAAUCACCACAGCAUGCUACAUAUAACUUAUAACGUUAACCAAAAAUUAGAAAAGGUUAACACUUGCAGGACAUCCGAACAGGCGUUGCUUGCUACAGGACGCGUUCAAAUAAAAUCCUCGAAUGGAGGGUUUGAAAAUUUCAGAGCUUUGAUUGACAGUGGUUCUCAAAGCACCAUAAUUUCUGAAGAAUCUGUGCAGAUUCUAAAAUUACAAAAAAUUCGAUCUCAAACAGAGAUCAGUGGAGUAUCCUCCACAGGAAAGUGCAUCUCGAAGCACAAAAUUCUUUCAAUUAAAUGUAAUGCUUCCCAAAAAAUUUUAAAAGUUGAAGCAUUAGUACUCCCAAAACUUAUGAGGGCUCUCCCAGCCCACAAAGUUAAUGUUGACAAAACAAAAUGGGAAAAAUAUAAUUUGGACGACCCCGACUUUAAUAAGCCGGGGCGUGUAGAUCUAAUUAUUGGAGCAGAUCUAUAUACUGACAUUCUACAGAGUGGAGUGGUCAAAAUAAAUGGCCUCCUCGGCCAAAAAACCGAUUUCGGGUGGAUUAUCUCUGGAUGUAAAAAAUCAAAGGGACAGAAGACAAUUGUAGCAACCACCAUAGAAUUAAAAGAUAUGGAUCGGUAUUGGGAAGUAGAGGAUGAAGAUAAAAAUGAUAUCGAAUCUGAAAUAUGUGAAAAUAAUUUCAUAAAAACUACAAAGAUAGAUACAUUGUGUCAAUUCCAUUUAAAGAUGAUGUUACCUUAG